AUGCCAGUGCCAAUCUCCGAGUCUACGGCAACUUCUACCACAACGGGCGCCUCUACAACUAACGGUGCGAGCACAACAACCACUGUCGGCUCUGGUCCUUCAACCACUACGACUACCGGAACUACUUUGAUAGGCUCUACAGACAUUUCUUCUUCUUCCUCUACUUCUUCAUCCAGCUCGAUUGCCCCCACACCAACGAUCGCGCCCCAGGUUGACGCAUUCACUUUCGGCGGAUGUUUCGUGGAUUCAUCAGAUGCAAGAAUCCUUGUAGCUGACUCAACCGAAGAUGGAAGCUCAGACGGAAUGACCAUCGAAAAGUGUAUUGCUUUCGCCGACGAUGGUGCUUGGAGAUAUGCCGGCGUCGAGUUUGGAAGUCAAUGCUACGUUGGUAAUACUAUGCACGGCCAAGACCAAUAUCCUGAUAGUGAUUGCAAAACGCCCUGCGCCGGAAACCCUGCAGAAAUAUGUGGUGAUGGUGGCAGGAUUCAAAUAUAUGAAGAUCCGACAUGGAGCGAUCCCACCGCGGAGGAGUUAGCGGAUGCUGUGCGACAGUAUGCAUCCGCCGUGGACGAUGUUCGAUCGGCAAUGGUCGACUACAGAGCGAGUUUGAGUGAUCUCGCAGACUAUGUCUCGUCCAAAACCAAAAGACUUUUGCUAAAGACUGGCCCAGAGAUUGAGGCGGACCUUUUGAAACAUGAGAGCGUGUUGAAGGCAGCACGGGCAAAACUUCGUAUCGUCUCUCCCAUGACAUCUGUUACCGUGCUUGCUAACUGGUGA